AUGGAGUACGACCCCAUGAGCCUGGAUGGCAAUGGCGACCUGGCGCCAAAGCAGAUGGAGGUCAAAAUUACAGAGGCCGACAACCACCAUGUCAACUUCAAUCUUGCCAAUGUCGACCUCUCCUUCGCAAAUGCCUUGCGCCGAGUCAUCCUUGCCGAGAUACCAAUCAUGGCCAUCGACCUCGUUGAGAUUGAGGAGAACAGCAGCGUUCUGGCCGAUGAGUUCAUUGCACAUCGCCUUGGCCUGCUCCCACUGAACUCCAAGAACGCCGACGACGUUCUAUAUACCCGUGAUUGCGAAUGCGAACAGUACUGCGAAAUGUGCAGUGUUAAGAUCACUCUCCAUGCGAAGUGCACCACCGAUGGCGAAAUCAUGAAGAUCUAUGCCCGCGACCUUGUUGUCGACCCCAUGCGCCCCAACGAGUGGGUUGGCAACCCCGUCAUCACGGACCCAGACGGCCAGGGACCGUUGAUCGCGAAGCUGCGAGAGGGCCAGGAGCUGAAGUUGACAUGCAUCGCAAAGAAGGGAAUCGCAAAGGAGCACGCAAAGUGGGCGCCUACGGCGGCGGUUGGAUUCGAGUACGAUCCGCACAAUAAACUUGGGCACACCGACCUGUGGUUUGAAGGCAAGGGCGAGGGCGCACGCCCUGAGCAUGAGUGGCCGGAGAGCAAGUACGCCGCAUUCGAGGAACCACCUCAGCCCGGCGAGCCAUUCAAAAUCGAUGCUGUCCCCGAGAAGUUUUACUUCGAGGUCGAGAGCGCUGGUAACCUAGAGCCGGAUGCCAUCAUCCAGCAGGGUAUCAUGGUUAUGCAGCAGAAGCUUGCUGGCUUGAUCCACGGUAUGAGCGAGGGCGACAACGCCGGAGACUACGGCGGCCCUCGCAGCCCUAAUGGCAUGAACGGCGGCGAUCCCUGGCAAGACCAGGGCUUCACCACGCCCUACGGUACUGGCGAUUUCGGGGGAGCGACUUCCUACGGCACCACUACACCCUAUGGCAACCCAGGACAGAAUGGUUACUAG